AUGUAUCGUAUCGAAGUUCUCCCCAGCACCUCCACCCAUGUCACGCCCGGAUGGACCUAUGUCCCUGACCGCGGCUUCGACCCAGCGCAAGCAGCAAUUACACCUACCAUCGGCAGGAAAAGAGGAAUCCGCGAUGGUGGUCGCACCGACUUAUCUUCGCGCCAGAACAACGCGAUUAUUCGCCACUUAGCGGAGCUUGACAGGGAGAACCAUCGAGACGUGCAUAUUCCGAUUCCAACGAAACCGAAGGAUGCAGCCGGUAGAGGGACACGAGGGAAGACAACUUCAAACGUGCGCCGUAUCCUACAAUCGCAAAAAACCUUCCGAAACUACCUCGAUGACGAGGAGGCGGCCCUGGCCCAAGCCGCCCAGUCGAGUAUACAAAGACCCUCCCUCAGCAAGGUCACCAAGCCCUCCCGACGAAGUCUAACUCCCGCUGCUACCCCGCUCGACUCCUCGAAAAGGAAGCAAUCCACCGUACCACCGUCAAGAGCCUCGACGAUCCCGCCAGAGACCAGCACAAACGCGAGCCCUGACACAGACGAAGACAAGAAACAGCCGGAGCCAGAAGCGGAGAACCCUAACCGCCUGAUAAAAUCCGAGUACGACAACGAUCCCCUUCUAAGGUCGUACAUUCCCUCGGCACCCUCAGAGCGCAUCAUGCAGGCACUUCUCGCCGAACCGCCACUCACAUACAACGCGGCUCGUGCUGGUCCGCCCCUAACCGCCAAGGCACCACGGCACUUUUGCUGUAUGUGUGGAUAUUGGGGAAAGAUUCGGUGCAAGAACUGUCAUGUUCGGACCUGCGGACUAGCUUGUUACAAGGUUCAUGAGGACUCGCGAUGCGGAGCUUUCUUUUGA